AUGGCUUUCGUGGCGCUGCGGUAUGCGGAGCUAGCGACCCGCUGGCCGCAUCUGGUGAGUGGGAUGACAAGCUCAGCGAUCCUGACUUCGGCGGACAUGUUCUGCCAGGGCAUCAUUCAGCAGCCGGGGCCGGAGGGGCUCGACUACCGGAGGACAGCUGGCCUCGCGUCUUUCGGGCUGCUCUGGUAUGGUGGACCUUGCAAGUGGCUGUACCUGUGCAUGGACCGAUGGCUGGGUGCAAAGGCUACAUUUCAGAAUGUUGCGGCCAAGACCUUCGUCGAUGUUUUCCUUCACACUCCCUUCGGCGUCGUUCCGGGCUUCUACUUUGUGACCGGCGCCUUCAAGGGGGACAGCCUGGCGCAAACAAGGGAGCAGCUGAAGUCAGAGUGGAUGCAAGCAUCCAUGGGCUCCUCGAUGUUUUGGACGCCUGCGCAAAUUGGGAAUUUCUGGCUCGUACCCCAGCACUACAAGAUCGCCUACAUCUCGGUCCUCUCCUUCUUCCACAAGACCUGGCUUUCCUUUUUGUCCAACAAGGAACGCUACGCAGCCACGCUGCCCGCUACACCCCUGAGCUCUCUGGCCGUGGCAGCUGAUGGUCUCACUCUUUGA